GCUCAUACCCUUCUUUACAUCUACUUCUUUAAUAUAAGCACAAAUCAAGGGAUCAAUCUAUUGCAUUUAUCUUCUACUCGUACCUUGUUUCUAUACCACGAAUAAUUCAUAGUCCUCGGAAAAUGGCGUUGGAGACACCUCAUUGGGCCGCCCCCAGAGUUUCUCCCCGAUCUUUAUCGCAAAACACAAUUGAACUGCUGGGAGAAGUGAAGCAUAACGAUGAACUUCGCGAGGUGGAACAUAGUUCAUCCAUUUUGAGCUCGUUAGCGAAUCCCGUACCAGUUUCGUCAAGGAAGAACAAUGAACCGCAAGAAAUCGGUAGAUCAUCAAAGGUUAUAAUAGAUGGAUCUUGUUUAGUAGAAAGUGCUCCAUCAUACGACAAAGCGAAGGCUAAAUUUGACGAGCUCGGGAAGAGCUUUCCAAGCGAUUUGCCUUAUAUCAUCACAUACGAAGGUGAAUCUCUAGGGGCCAUAUGCCAAGAAUUUAGAUGCAGAUUGCUAAUUGGGGGCUCUGCACUUGGUGGUAUUAUGAACCAUGCGAACAGCAAACUGCAUGGUUUCAACGUCGAAAAAAGGCUGCACGGGAACAAUCUGGAAGAGAUAUCAACCUCCAGAGUCAGAGCACGAAGGAAGGCUAUGCAUAAUCCAUCCAAGCCAGGACCCUUUAAGAAAGUCCAAAACGAAAAGCCACGGGAGUCUUCGUCUGCCGAAGAUGAACGUGCCGAAGCUUCCGAGCAUUCUGAACCUGAGCCAAGAAAAUCAAAACGCCGAAAAUUAGCACCCGCUUUUCUCGCUAAAACCGAUACAAGUGAUCUUCAAACUAAUAUUACAUGCUUGAAAACUUCCGUGGACAGGCCUCGACGAUCAGAAAAUAAAGAAACAAAGAGAUCAGACGUUGCUUGUGAAUGCAGACUUAAUUGGGCUGAGAAACUUUUAUGGAAAAAGGCUAGAUACUCUAGAGCGAAUUUCGGAGAAUCAGAAACAUCAACUCGAAGUGUGACGAGCAAGCUGAAUGAGCAGAAGGAACUCGUUGACAGUCUUUCAUCGAGAAUGGAAAGUGGUCUGAAAGGACAAAAGGAAACCACCAUGAAUUUGUCCGAAGUGAUAGAAAAUAGCCUGAAAGGACAAAAUCGAAGGAUUGACCACCUGAUGAAGGAAUUGAAGAACUUGGAGGACAGCAGAAAAUCCGAUUACUUGCUACAGUUACACACCAUGAAUGAACUGCAAACCUUUCAAGUGCAGAUUGCGUAUCUCGAACAAAAAAUAUCCGAAAUUCAACAUGACGCCAACAAAAAGGUUUCUGAGAUUAUCGAGAAGCAAAAUUCCUCUCACAUUUCUUUAGACCGGAUCGUGAAAGUAGAGAAGUCUAUUGAAAGACUUACCAAAACAUUAGAAGAUCCAUUUCCCGCUAACACUUUUGAGGCCAUUGUAGAUCGACUUUUGGAAGAGAAUGUUUCUAAUUCUAGGUCCCUCAAAGAUGAACUUGACAGUUUGGAAACAUGUACUCAAGGCUUUCAAAAGUGGUUAGAUGAAAUGGCUUGUGAGUCAGCAGAACACCGGUUGCAACAAAAUAAUUUACGCACUGAGUUCCUUGGAAGACAAGCGCUCGAAUCUCAAACUUUCAUGGGGCAAAUUAAGAACUUGGAGAAGAAUACAAUGAACAUGACGCGUCUAGUGGAAGAAACCAAAGUGUCUAGAGAGUCUAUCCGGGAGCAUAUGUCAAAGUUUCAGUCCACAUCCGAUCAAGUCACCCAAUUGAAAAAAGAAGUCCAGAGUUAUGAAAAUAAGCUCGACUCAGUAGCUAUGGCUCUAGACAAUCGCCGGUUACAACAAUUGAAAGAGCAUACAGAGCUCAUCAAAGAGAAAAUGUCCCACAUUCGAACAGACUCCAAUAACAUGAUUACAAAAUGUGCUGCAGAUCUAUCAGAUAUGGCUGUUCAAGCAGCGAGGGCUGAGAUAAUAAGGGAAAACAGUUCUAGAGAACAUCAGAUUGAUGACCUUGUACAGUCUAUCAGACCGAUAAUGCUCCGUCUAGCAGAUUUAGAGAGCACUGAGAGACAGUCUGAUGAUAUGAUGAUGAUACGGCUGGCAGCAUUGGAGUAGAAGAGCGAGAGAUAGGUUUCUAAAAUCUUGGAAUUGGAACGAAGAAAUGAGAGUUUGCAGAGAGAACUAAAGAAGUUGUAGCAGCCCGCUAUAGAGUAAUUUUGGGAAGAGGUUAUGGAGUGUGCGUAAUUAGUGUGUCCGUCUUUCUUUACUAACUCGCGACUACUUGGAAGAACAGUCAAGCCAAGAGUCACACAACACUCAUUUCUAAGUACAAUCAUGGCUGACAAAUUCAACUCGUUUCAAAUGUACAGUAAUCACGCA